CUACUCGGGCUUGCGCCCUUCACUGCAGCCUUCCCUGCCAGUGUUCUGGAAGCUGUCAAGUUCCACCCUGGGCUUCAGGCUCGUGCCAACGAGAUCCUUCAAGAGAGGCAAGCUGGCGCCGCGGCUGCUCAGGCUAUCUUUGAGCCGGUGCCUAUCUUCAAUGCUGCAGAGCAAUACGUCAAUGUCAGUGCAGGGAGUGGACACGAAUAUGUUGCACCGGGACCAAACGAUCUGCGCGANUUGAAUGCUUUUGCAAACCACAAUUUCCUGCCGCACAAUGGUUAUGCUACCAUUCAACAAUUUAUCGAUACCACUAAUGAGGUAGUGGGUAUGGGAGCCGACCUCGCCGCCUUCCUCGCUGUCUUAGGCGCUGCUCUCGAUGGCGAUGGCACGUCGUGGUCGAUCGGAGGUACACCAGGCCCAGGUGUCGGUGGUCCUCUCUCCGGUCUCGGCAACGGAAUUUCCGGCUCGCACAACAACGAUGCUUCACCAACUCGUCCCGAUUUGUACGAAGCAAGCAAUGACUACAAAACUGUUGCUAAGCAGUUCGAGCAACUCAUCAGCAUGUCACCCGGCGGUCAGGUGACUCUCGACAGUCUCACUGCAUUCCGCUCAGUGAGAUUUGACACCCAGAUCGANUACACAUUUAUUUACCGCUUCAUGGCUAAUCACUCGGCCGAAGCCCCGUACGGCUACCUGAGCUACGAUACGAUUAAAUCGUGGUUUGGUAUCACUGGCUCACAGGGCUCGUAUGUGGCGAAUCAGGGUCAAGAGCAGAUCCCUGACAACUGGCAGGAUCUUGUGAACGCUGCACUUCUUCACUUCCUCGACAUCGGCGGUAACCUCGGCAAGACGAACACUUUCACCGGUGUUGAUGUCACUAAUCUCACAGGGGGCGUUUUCAACGCUGCAGGCUUGCUCGAGGGCAACAAUGCCGCUUGCUUCGCGUUCCAAGCUGCCACACAAGCCAAGCCGGAUGUCGCGCUGAGCGUGUUCAACGUGAUAAACACGGCUCUCGGCAAUGUACUGAGCGCGUUGGGCUGCCCACAGCUGCAGCAUAUCGAUGAUGAGCAGCUGAUGCAGUUCCCUGGAUAUCAAAAGAGUACUCAGGCCGGCAUCACCAAG